AUGGUCCACACAAAGAUGUUGGGUUUAGUGGUCACGGUUAUUUUCCUCCAAGGAUGUAUCUCAAGGCCUACUGAAACUACAGUGAACAUAGAAGACCCCGAGCAAGUAAGAUCUGAAGCUUUGAAAAGGCUAUUAAAAGUUUUUGGCAUUGAAGACCCACCUCAUUCUCUUCAUCAUGUCAAACAACCACCCCAGUACAUGAUUGACCUUUACAACACUGUAGCUGAUGCAGAUGGUGUUACCAAAGACCCAGAUCUUUUGGAGGGCAACACAGUCAGAAGUUUCUUUGACAAAGUCCACAGUGACCAGAUGUACUUUCUGUUCAACCUCUCAACUGUAACCAAAAAUGAGAAGAUUUUAACAGCCGAGAUGCACCUUUUCAAACUUAAGCCAAGACCUUCAGAACAUGCAUACUUCAAAAGACAUCAUUUCUGCCAGAUAAGUGUGUACCUGGUUCUGGACAAAAAUAAAAUGCAUUUAGCACAAGGAAGAAAGCUAUUAUCAUCAAAACUUGUCCCUUUUCAUUCUUCAGGAUGGGAAGUGUUUUCAAUCACGCAAGCAGUUCGUGCCUGGAAUGAUGAAAGACACAAUCGUGGUAUUCUUGUGACAGUGAAGAAUCUCGGAGGAGGGCAAGCUGAUGCUAAUGUUAUUCGCUUUGCCUCAGGAAAAGAUCAUCAUGAAAGCAAGCAACCAAUGCUUGUUCUCUUCACCGAUGAUGGGAGAAGAGGAGUUGUGUCUAUGAGUAAUCAGCCAGAUAAUCUUCCUUUGACAAUACCCAAUGAACCUUAUAUCUCGGCAUCAAAUAGAACAAGGAUGGCAAGAGGUUUGCAGGAGGACGGACACUUGCCCUGCCAAAGACACCCACUUUAUGUUGACUUUGAAGAAAUUGGCUGGUCUGGUUGGAUCAUCUCCCCAAGAGGAUAUAAUGCUUAUCAUUGUAAAGGGUCUUGCCCAUUCCCUCUGGGUCAGAAUAUGAGACCCACUAAUCAUGCCACAGUGCAGUCUAUAAUUAACGCUCUCAAAUUGGCACAAGGUGUGAGUAGCCCAUGCUGUGUCCCUGACAAACUCUUCUCUAUAAACUUGCUUUACUUUGAUGAUGAUGAAAAUGUUGUCUUGAAGCAGUAUGAUGAUAUGGUUGCUAGUAGUUGUGGAUGCCACUAA